AUGGUUUCAAACAGUUUCGCCGUUAUUUUUAUGUGCUUUAUCGCAUAUGCAGCAUCCCAAACUUAUCAAAAAGUAACUUUGAAGGAUUGUGGAUCAAAAAAUGUUAAAGUCAACCGUUUUGAUAUACAACCAAUGCCUAUUCUUCACCCUGGAAAAGUAACACUUUCAGUUGAUAUUUCAGCUACUGAACCAAUCCGAGGUGUUAUUAAAGCUGAUGUUAAACUUAUUCGUACAGUUAGUGGUAUUAAAUUACCUGUUAGCUGUUAUAUUGUUGAAGGUGAACAAGUUGGUUCAUGUAAUUAUCCAGAUUUAUGCGCUUUAAUGCAACGUCUUACUGGAGAUUUAUCACAAGAUUGUCACCCAAGUCUUCUUGAAAAUGGCAUUGACUGUACUUGCCCAGUAUAUAUCCCUAAAACUGCUCUUGAUAUUAUAUUUGAAACUGAAAUACCAAAAGUACCCGAAUUUGCUAAUUGGUUAGCUGUUGGUGAUAUGGAUUGUAAUCUUAAAGCUAAUGUUGGUAACCUCGUUGCUUGUUAUGACAUUGGAUUUGCUAUGAAACCAGCAAAAUAA